AGCUUCCGCUUCCGCCGGGGCCGUCCCUAGAGCAGAGAUGGCGGCGACAGCGGCAGAGGAUACAGCCUGUGGCUCUGGAGAGCCCCGGGAAGAGGCGGGAGCUCCAGGUCCCGCCUGGGAUGAGUCCCAACUACGAAGUUACAGCUUCCCGACCCGGCCCAUCCCACGUCUGAGCCAGAGCGACCCUCGAGCGGAAGAGCUCAUCGAAAAUGAGGAGCCUGUGGUCCUGACCGACACAAACCUUGUGUAUCCCGCUCUGAAGUGGGACCUAGAAUACCUGCAAGAGAAUAUUGGCAACGGGGAUUUCUCUGUCUACAGUGCCAGCACCCAUAAGUUCCUGUACUAUGAUGAAAAGAAGAUGGCUAAUUUCCAGAACUUUAAGCCCAGGUCCAGCAGGGAGGAAAUUAAAUUUCAUGAGUUCGUUGAGAAACUACAGGAUAUACAGCAGCGAGGGGGAGAAGAGCGGCUGUAUCUGCAGCAGACGCUCAAUGACACCGUGGGGAGGAAGAUUGUCAUGGACUUCUUGGGUUUUAACUGGAACUGGAUUAAUAAGCAACAGGGAAAACGUGGCUGGGGGCAGCUGACCUCUAACCUGCUGCUCAUCGGCAUGGAAGGAAAUGUGACACCAGCUCACUAUGAUGAGCAACAGAACUUCUUUGCCCAGAUAAAAGGCCAUAAGCGAUGCAUCUUAUUCCCUCCAGAUCAGUUUGAGUGCCUCUAUCCAUAUCCUGUUCAUCAUCCCUGUGACAGGCAGAGCCAGGUGGACUUUGACAAUCCUGACUACGAGAGUUUCCCUAACUUCCGAAAUGUGGUUGGUUAUGAAACAGUGGUUGGCCCUGGUGAUGUUCUUUACAUCCCAAUGUACUGGUGGCACCACAUAGAGUCAUUACUAAAUGGGGGAAUUACCAUCACUGUGAACUUCUGGUAUAAGGGGGCUCCUACCCCUAAGAGAAUUGAAUAUCCUCUCAAAGCUCAUCAGAAAGUAGCCAUCAUGAGAAACAUUGAGAAGAUGCUUGGAGAGGCCUUGGGAAAUCCACAAGAGGUGGGGCCUUUGUUGAACACCAUGAUUAAAGGCCGUUACAACUAACCUGCCAGAGGUCAAGGCCUCCUGCCAGGUGACUGCUAUCUCGUCCACAUGCUUCGUUGAUGAGGACAGGACACUCCAAGCACUAGUAUUGCACGCUGCACUUAAUGGACUGGACUCUUGCCAUGGCCCUGGAGGCAGGUGUUUGGGGCGAGGCAGGGUAGUUGACUCCAUUCCCAUUUGGAAAGAUUUCUCACCCUUGCCUCUUGAGCUCCAGAACCUUCCCUCUUCGCCCCCCCUAAAGUCCUGCAUUCAGUGUGUGGAGUCCCAGCUUCUGGUUGUCAUGUCUGUGUUAGUCUGUCAACCUCAGGGUGUGUGUGUGUACAUGUGUGCAUAUGCAUGUGUAUACACACACAUGCAUGUGUCUGUUUCUUGGGUCAGGGUAUCACUCUGGCUCUCAGCUCCUGUCUCCUGAAGCCUCAGUGCCUCAGCCUGAGAGAGGAGAUGCUCCUGUUUCCCUCCUUCAUCUGGGUUGUGGUGCCAGAGUGAAUCUGCUCAUCAGUCCGUCUUCUGCCAGUUUUUGCAGCAUAGUCAGGCUACAGGCCAGGUAGCAACAGCUGCUGGGUCCCUUUGGGACGUUGAGAAGGAGGCUUGUCUUUGGGAGACUAGAUAGCCUUCUGGUGGAAGAGGAUUAGAUAGGGGUCCGGUUGAGAACUGUAAACUCAAGCCAUACAUAGAAGGAACCCUUGGGACCCUAAGAACAGAGGAGUAUGCAUGUUCCAAAUCACAGACACAUGCAGCUGUUCUGUCAGUACCAGCUCUUGCCCCUGUGCUAGACACGGAGGGAGUUCUAGCUCUAACUUCUUUGGGCUCCAGGGGUAUGAACCUCUGCAUGUGUGUGUACAUCUGUGCACACCUGUGUGUGUGUGUGUGUUCACACUUGCCAUCCUUCUUGCUUACCAAGGUUCUCUACUGCUUACCUUGUCCAAUGUGACAGUGCAGUGUGAACCCCAGACACUGCCUGACUUAGCCUAUAGCUUUUAAACUCGGAUUUUAGCCAUCCUACCUUGGUCAGAUCUCACUGCAGCCUACCUAAAGCUGACUGGCUUGAGCCUCCAGGUCCUGUGUUUUUCCCUGUCCAGGCCACAUCCCCUGAUCCUGCUGAGCUUCCUGGCUGAGUAGAUGAAAUGGGAUCAGACUUAGGCAGCUAACUCAAUACCUUUCGUCCACCUCAGGGCAAGAGCGAACGUGUCCUCUUGCCUCUAGAGCCAGCGCCUCUGCCAGACCAGCAUCACAUCGCAUGACGGCUCGAGUAGGACGGCUGGUAGAGCAUGGGUAGGGUUUGCUUUUCCGUUAGUAGCCAUUUAUGGGAACCCUCUCAGGGCCGCAGCGCACAGCUGGGCAGCUCAAUGUUACAACACAGAGUGCCAUCGUUCACAUCUGUUCAGAGGGAGUGGGGCCCUGUGUCACUUACCUCAGUUCCCUUCUCCAUCAUCUUUCUCUUUCAAAUCUGAGUUGCAAGUCUAAUUUUAUUCACUUCUUCCCCACUGUUUUCUCCCAUCCCCCUAAGUUUGACCUCUAGUGUCUGAGCUGUGGCUGUUAGCCCUGACGCUCAGCUUACAGUGCCCCCAUGGACUGAGAAGAUGCAUGUGUAUGCUUGUGCACACCUGUGUACGUAUUUUGGAGAGGGGUCUUUAGUACCCCAUUCUGGGGGCUUUGAUUCAGUGUGAUAUGCAGACCUGGUCCCCUCUCAAGGAUAGCUCUUCACAUGCAGCCAGUGCUGGGCAGUGUGAGUGCAGCAGGCUCCGUGGCCUCCAUCUCUGGGGAAAGAGGAGUUCGGCAAGAGCAAAGCAGAGCAAGAUUAGUUUGGCCGUCAGUGCACUGUUUCAUUCUCAGCAGACCUCCUGUGUUCCUGGCUCUGCCCUCAGAGGUGGUGGAUGUGUAGCACAGAAUCUGGGUCUACUUGGUUGAUCCUUCAGGGUACAGGUCUGACCUAGGGUGUCUGGGGGCAAGGAGAACGAAAGUAAACUUUGGGGCCAUCUCAGGAUUGGUCUUGAUGCCAUUGUGACGUAAUAGCCACCCCGAUCUCAGACACCUGAUGUGUGCCUGUUGCCUUCAGCUCUGUCCCUCACAAUCACGCACGGUAGCUCUCACUUCACAGAUGAAGAAACGACUCAGAGUAGAUGAAGAGUGACAGUCAAGAUCAAACCUAGUCUGGCUAGAAACCCCUACCCCUGCUCCUCCUCUGUUUCUUACAAAUUCUAUUGGUUCUCUACCUCUCCUGAGGUCUUGUUCCCUAGGCAGUGUGCAGGCAGACUCAGGCAAGUGGGUGUGGAAGGGUGAAAGUCUUUGGGGGCUCCAGCUAGGGACAUGGAAACGCUGCCUGGAAAGCCUUCUUAGCAAGUGAAGCGUGCAGGGAACCACUGUAGAAGAGUGAGUUCCAGAUCUGCUGGGGAGAGGGGUACUGUGUGCCCUUGGAUUUAAGGCCCAUAGCUCCUCUCAGUAGGCCUGUGCGUCAGAGUUGAAGUAGUUCCAGAUCACUGGGUUUAUGUCCUGCUGUGCCACUUGCUCCUGGGGAUAAGAUGCAUGGUCUUCCCUCACCUAGGUUAGGGCUGUUGAGGCUCAGAUUCUCCCUGCAGCAUGGGAAGCCUUGCUGCUACAGUGUUUACCCCUUCUCACAGCAGCACGGGAGUCAGAUGUGCCAAGGAAGGUGGAGACUUAGGGGUCAGCCAUGCUGCAAGCUUCCAUUUUUACACCAGCAGUACAGUGAAAACUGCUGUUUUGUGAAGUCAAAUAUUUGCUGGGGGGUUGGAGUUAUGGGUGGAGGAGGGGCUGUUCAGGGCAUCAGUUGAGCAGAUGCCCAGGAUGCCUGGGGGAGACCAGCUUCCCCUACAAAUCAGAGCUCUAAAUUACAAGGUUUUUACCAACGCGAACAGUUGGGGGAAGUCGUCUGCUCUCAUUUGCGUAAUGGUUUCUGUCACUGGUGAUUAGACACAGGAUGAAGGAAAAGAAAUUUGACAAUUAGGAAUGAGCCAUCAUUAAUCUGAAUCUGUUAGGAGACAGAGAAGGGAAGGACCCUUACCAGUGGGCCAUCCCAGUAUGGGGAGACACUCCCUAUCUCUGACCUGUAAAAUCUUCUGGGCCAAGUACCCGUUUGGAGUCCCACAAGUGUGGGUGGAGCUUGCAUGCCUUCACAGACUAGGAGUCCAAUUCUAGCUUGAAGUGGAUAUAGAAAGACAUCUUUCUGCAUGAGCCAACCAAGUUCAGGAUAGAAGAGUAAGUAUUAAAUACAAGCCCUAGGGCAAAGAAUAACAGUAGGGUAGUUUUGAUAUGUGCUUACUAUUAUGGGAAAUGUUUCAGUAAUAAUCAACGCUGCUGGUCUCCCAACUGUGAGAAGUAUAUGUCACAUUCCAGCACUUCAGGUUGUGCAGGGAACCCGAUCUUUUUCAAGCCCCAGGGACUUGUGGAAAUGGAAAGGAAGUCCAGUGAAAGUAGCAGAGCUCGGACCUGCAAGGUGGGCCCUAUUGUGAGGGAGAGGAUGGGUACAGCUCUGGACUCCCGGGAAGAAUGCCCCUUCAAGCCUCUCAGCUACGCUGGCUGUGGGGACAUCAAGGUUCCUGGCUCAGACUAGUGACACAGUGACAUAGCUAACUAUUAAUAAGGUGUAGAGAAUCCAGCUUAGAUCUUCCAAUAUCCUUGAUUUACCUCAACAUUCACUCUCUGUCCCUUCAAAUGCCUAAGACAAUACUAAUCUGCACCGAGAAGUAGUCCUCAUCGUUAGUGUGUUCCUCAGAUCCCAGGCCCCCUCAAGGGUUGGGAUAGGUCUCUGUCCCCUUUCAUAAUGUGAACUUCUCAAGGAUGGUGCUAUCUCACUCCUUGGUAAGUUCCCUACCUCUGUUGUCUUUCAUUCUUCAAACUUGGUGCAGAAUUAAGCAAGGGCUACCAGCAGUGACCCUCUGACCAGUUUUGCCUAGAUGGGGUAGGUGUGGGGAUGAGAGAAGUAACUCAGAGGUUCUAGAGACCCGGGCCUUUCUGGUUCCAACCUGUUUCUCUUGGUGUCCUCUUAAUGCACCUCUGCGUGGGUGCUUGCUCCCACCCAGGCUUUCAGUGGCUUCUUUAUCAAGGCUCUUUGCCUCAAAGAAGCCCUCUGCUGACAUGUGCUGGACAGCUUGGCUCUAGGGUUCCUCUCCACAGGGCUCUCCCUGUUCCCUCUUCAUUUCUGACCUCAGGGAGUCUGUUGACUUUUCCCUGGUUAGUCUGUUCUGUCUGCUCUGUCCUCUUGCUGUUCCUCUGUCUUUACAUGCCAGCUCAGCUUGUCUCAUUCUGGUGGUUCUUUCUGCUUGUCCUGUAGUUAGCUCUCUAAUUAAAGAUCCAGGGGGGUCCUGAUUGGAGCCCAGCUGAGGACUUUGGGGACAUUUCUGGAGGAGCAAAGGCUCAGAAACUGGUAUCCUCAAGGCCCAUGGGUCUGUUAGUGGUGAUGCCUUGGAGACCAUUGGGAGGAGCCUAGAGGGGUAAAGGACUUGGUGAGGAGAGACUGCUAGACAGAGGCCAGGUGGAGAACCAGGCUGGAAGGAGUGAACUUUGUGUUUCCAUCUGAAUGUGUUCUUGUGCCUUAGGGUCCAGCAGUUCAGGGAUGAGAGACAUUUUCUGAAUGUCUCCUAAUUUCUCUCAGGUCUUUGGCUCAGUGUCACCAAGUUUGACAGACUCCUGCGUUCCAGAGGUUGCUAGAAGGGAAGUAACAUAUUGAGUAGGCUGGUGUCUAGAUUGGAGGCCUCCAUGAGGAAGGCUGGAAUUGUAGGGGAACAAGAGAAAGGAACCCAGUGGUCAGCUUAUCGCCGGAUGACACUGUUCCUCCAAGAGAAUAAGUACAAGAACUGCUUCAAAAAAGUCAGCGUGAAGCUGCCCUCCCUCCUCCCUAAAGUCUGGUUUGGAGAAGGAAUGUGUGUCCUUUAGCUUUCAAGGGGAAAUGGUCUAGUUUUUAAAAGCAUGUGUUUGGGGGGCUGAUACCUUCGGUGCACAUUUCUAGCUUGCUACUUACCAGCUGGGUUUGACCUCGGUUAAUUCUUUUAACCUCUCUGAGUCUCAGUUUCCUUUAUUAUAAUGACAUGUGGGGGUGGGGGUUUGAAAAUAUCUACCUCAGGGUUGUUGGAUUAACUGAAAUGAUGUCUGUAAACCUUUAGCACAGUGCCUGGCAAGCACUUAAUAAAUGGCUGUGGUGGUGGUUA